ACUUCCCAACGAGUACCCGAAGGAUCUUCUCCACUUGCAUAAGCAUCGCUAUCAUGCACUUUAAGAGUUCUGCUUACUCCACCUACGACAAGGAGGUUGUGAAACUUCUUCUCCACGUAUUGGAAUCAAACUAUGACCUGCGAGUAAAUUCCUCGAUACUGGGACUGGCGAACGGUAACGGAACUGUGGAAGUUACGGGACCCGGUUUAAUCGGCACCGGCGAACACCGAACGUUUCCAAUUUUCAUUCACCAGCCAACAAUUUAUCACAAAAUCAACAUCGUCAAACGGUCGAAGAUAAUCUUCCUGGCGCCAUUUGCAAAUGACGUUUGGUUCGUGCUGGCACUUCUUCUCCUGGGAGUCACCGUCGCCCUGACUUAUGUCCUGGCAAGGGAAGUCCGACUGAGCGAUUCUGAGACGGCUGGAUGUCGGCGGAAGGUUCGAUGGGAGCUGAGCGAAGUUCUCCUCGUUUCGGUCGGUGCACUUUGCCAGCAAGGCACAACGCUGAACCCGCAAGCUCCCUCGUCCAGGACCCUCUUCCUCGCGAUAUUCGUAAUGGCAGCCCUCGUCUACACGGCUUACAACGCGAGUAUCAUCGCCAUCACGGAAUCGUUCGUCAAUUCAGGGACAGUCGUCUCCGCACCUUCGCUUUACGCCAGUGAUUCGCCCUAUUUUGUACUCGACAAGCAAGACACGGAAAAACUGAAACCUCUUUACGGCGCAGCAAGAGUUGAGAUAACGCGAAUCGUUCCAUCUCAAGUACUGCUCAAUGUUCUCGAUGGUUCAGCCGUUUUACUGGCCGACCGAACAUCGACCAGAGACAUUUUCCAUCGACGUUGUCGGUCGAUGAAAAGACUGUGCAAAGUUAAAGAGGCGCCAUUCGCUGCGGGUACUUAUCACAGAGUCCUGAACCUAAGUCACGACAAGUACAAAAGAAUUAUUAAUCGCAGCCUCUUGCGCCUUCGGGAAUUCGGACUACUCGAACGGACCAGAAGGUUUCUCUUCAAGACGUGGCCUUUAUGCGAGUCCCACGGAGCUUGUUGCAGCGAGGCUAUCAGCAUCUACCUGGACGACGUUUAUCCAGCAUUUUACCUACUCGGCGCAGGAGUCGGACUUUCACUUACACUUCUGUCGAUCGAGCUACUAUUCUUCCAAUGUUCUAAGUGGUUCAGGAGAAGACGAAUGGGCUUUCCAAAAUCUCAAUCGAGUCCGGAUGGAUGGUUGCGGUUAAGAGAUGCUAUACUCUGCAUGACCCCUCCAGCAGAAGAAAGUGCUGAAGACAUCAUAGAUCUGCAAAAUCGAGCUCGAACAAUGUGCUGAUUACAAAAAGCAAACAUCGUGUUUGCUUUAUUGUCGGACAAAUAUUGAACAAAAGUAGGUGUAAUACACAAUACUUAUAAGUAAGUGUUUCGAAUAAUCGAUGUAAUCAGGAUAAUAGUACGCUAUAUCUGGAUUUAU